AUUGGUGGAUCUCUAAUGACUGACUGUGGGAACCUGGGGGCCUCCAUUGGCUCCUCUUCCUUGAGCGACAUGGACAGCUCCGUCACCCUGUGGCAGUUCCUGCUUCAGCUCCUGUUGGAUUCCAGCAACCAGCAGCUGAUCUGCUGGACCAAUGAGGAAGGGGAGUUCAAACUGCUGCAGGCGGAGGAGGUGGCCCGGCUCUGGGGGGCCCGCAAGAACAAGCCCAACAUGAACUACGACAAGCUCAGCAGGGCGCUGAGAUACUACUACGACAAGAACAUCAUCAAGAAGGUGAACGGUCAGAAGUUUGUCUACCGCUUUGUGUCCUACCCCGACAUCCUGAAAGGAGACGCCAGCGGCAGAACAAACGCCGGAGACGGACCUGCGGUCUUACCGCAGAGGGGGGACGGGUCUCUGCUGGAGGCGGAGCCUGCAGACAGGUCCAAGGUGGGGGCGUGUCCAGCCGCUCUGGGAUCUAAGCCGUCCAAUAGAAACGACUACAUUCACUCCGGCCUUUAUACGUCCUUUCAUCUCAACUCGCUGCAAAACGGCCGUAAGCUCUUCACCUCCAUCAAAAUGGAAAACCCUGCAGAGAAGGUUGGUGAGAAGAGGAACGCCACGGCCAGCGCACACGUCCAGGACACGCCCCCUCUGCUGCCAGUGCCCGCCGCCCCGCCAUCAGUCAUCAAGUUUGGAAACAGCCCCCCAAAGCCGGUGUCCAUGACGGCGGCGCCUCAGGUGGCUGUAGAGGAGACGCUGCCGGCCAUGCAUGCGGCGCCUCAGAGGGCCGAUAACCUGGGAACACACUCCUCCCUCCAGCCCGCCUACUCGUAUGAACACACCCGCCCUUCAGACGCCGCCCUCAGCCUGCCAGAGCUGACCUCAGCCAGCCCGUCUCCACACCUCGCUGCAGACCCGUGUCAGGAGAGCGGCGUGCAGAGCGAGGUGGACUCCGGCUCCUCCGGGUCUACGGAGCUCCCAGCUCUGCACGCCGCAGAGACGCAGCAGCCGGAGCAGGCGGACGCCGCCGGCCUGUCGCUGGACGAAACCAGCACGGUGGACGCUGAAACCAGCUCGUCCUCGGGGAGCCAGGCUCCGGGGAAAACGCGCAAACCGCCAAAAGUCCUGCAGAUCAGCCCGCCCGCUCUGCUCGUCACCGCGUCGGACUUCUCCCCCAUGAACCUGUGCAGCCCGUCGCUCCCCACCGCCUCGCUCACGCCCGCCAUGUUACAGACUCCAACCCUCCUGCUGACUCCCAGUCCUCUGCUGUCCAACAUCCACUUCUGGAGCACGCUGAGUCCCGUGGCCCCCCUCAGCCCCGCCACACGCCGCCAGGGAGCCCACCUGUUCCAGUUCCCGUCGGUGCUCACGCCCCAGUUCCAGAUCCCAGUACAGAGCUUGGACGGCACCAGUACGCCGGGCCCCAUCUCCCCCGACCCUCAGAAAACAUAGACCUCUAUGCAGCACUCCCCCCGACCGGCCCAGCUCACACUACAGCUCUUCAUCUUCACACACUCAGAGUCCGGCUUAUUUUGGGAUCCCGGCAGAUCAAAGAUGGAGAAAUCACCAUGGUAACGGUGGUCUGUUUCCACCUAGACACUCGGCUAUCGGCGUCUUUCCUUCGGUAGACUGACGUCUAACUGGGAUUUAUCUUCCCAGUCUAAACUCAACCUUGGAUUUAUUGGAAGAUUUUCCUUUUUUUAAACCUGGAAGCUCCUUUGAUGUUUUAGAUUCAGCCUAAACUUAAUCUGAAGCUUUUAUCAUCAGACAGAAAAACAAAACAAGGUUUUCCUUAAAAAAAGGAAACUUUGAUUUUAUUCAGUCUGUUCAGUCAGGCAGUGGUUCCCAGUGAGUCUCAGUGGUUCCCAGUGAGUCUCAGUGGUUCCCAGUGAGUCUCAGUGGUUCCCAGUGG